UCCACCAACCCCUCUUGCUUCUUCCUCUCCCCUUUCUCUUUCCAUUCACCCAAAAGUCAGCGCCAUCUUUUCUGCCCUAUUUUCUUCCAAAACUCUCUUUGCCCUGCAUACAUACAUGGAUGAGGACUGGGAUCUCUUUGCCAUCGUCAGAAGCUGCCAAUCAGCUACCAAUACUUCCACCGCAGCAAUUCCAGAAACCACCACCAAUACUACUUCAUCUUCUCUCUUCACUUCCUUUCUCAAGGAAGACAGAUACGAUGCAUUUUCCUUUCCCAAUACAGUCCAACCCAUACCAAAUGAGUUUCACCAGCUACACCAAUUCUUUUCACCCUUUAACCCCACCACCACCAACGCCACUACCCUCAGUGCUCCUCGCAUCAAUCCUAAUUCCCCUUAUUUUGCCCAACAGGAAAGCCAGCAAAUUAGUGACCACCUUCCCACUUUGCCUCAUUUUUUGCCAGAACCCUCCACUCCCAGUUUUAAUAGAUUCCCUGACCAUCAACAACAGCAACAGAAUCAACUACAGUUACUUCAGAAACAGGAAUUUCAUACACCCCAGAACAAUUCACCCACAGUUUCACCAAACGCACAACCUCAAACACCCAAAUCAAGAAAAAGAAAAAGCCAACAGAAGAAAAUGGUGUGUCAGGUAACCGCAGAUAAACUCUCAGCAGAUUUGUGGGCGUGGCGAAAAUACGGACAAAAACCAAUUAAGGGUUCUCCGUAUCCAAGGAAUUACUAUAGGUGUAGCAGCUCCAAAGGUUGUAUGGCUCGAAAACAAGUUGAACGGAGUAACACUGAAACCGAUGUGUUCAUCGUUACGUACACCGGAGACCACUCGCAUCCCCGGCCAACCCACCGGAACUCCCUCGCCGGAAGUACCCGAAGUAAAAAUCCGACAACGAAUCCGCCGGCUUUACACGGGUCACUCUCCUUCCAAGCCGCCCCCUUUUCUUCUUCUUCUUCUUCUCCACCACUCUCUCCAACGUCGCCGUCGGAAGAUCCACCAGAAGCCGGCGAUGUUGAACCUGACCAGGACAUGGAAACCGACAUGGACGAUGACGGUGACAUCCGAUGACCCCAUCACCGCCUGCUUGAGCAACAAGUUUUGCAUCGAAGUGACGUCGUCUCGUACUCUGGCUCGAAGAACAAAACCUGUUUGGUUUUGACUUAUUGCGAACCAGUUUCAAAUCAUGUGCUCUUCGGAUCUCCUGGACCGGUUUCAGUUCACGUGAUUGCGCCUUUGAAUUAUUACCUUCAUCGAUGACCGUAGGAUCAUGAUUGUGUGUGGAUAGUCUAAUUCUAAUCCUUCAAAUCGAAGCCGUCACAGUUGGAUCUUUGGCGUGGUUUUGUUCCUCGAGAAUCUGCCACCUAAGAUGAGCCACGUGGGUAAUCUCAGGCCUAGUAUCUGCCACGUAAUUUUAUACUUUUUAUUCAUUAAAUUGUAUUUCUUCAGUAAAUAUUAUGAAAAUGUUUGUUAUUAAUAAAAAUUAAAAAUGAUUAAUAAAGAGAAUAAAUUUAU